AUGAGGUGGUGUACGCGCCGUCGCUCUCGGACUGUCUGUCUAUCGCUGGUCGUUGCCUCCCUCUCUCUCCAUCUCCUCCUCAUCAUACUAUCUCGCUCCGUCUACCAGAACCACUGUGACGCCCCCUCCCCUCGUCAGACACACCUCCACACCCUCCGAGCCCUGGUGGAUACCAACUACACCUCCAGGAUGUUGGACAACCACGCCAGCUAUGCCAAGACACCCCCGGACACCAGAAAAGUGAACUCUUCCCAUAUGGACAGCAAUGGCCCUCAAAAAAUGUCCGAAAAGGACGCUGUCACAACCAAAAUGGCCGUCAAGGUAGGUCAUGGACAUAAGGAGGAAGGGCCUGUAGACACACACACCAUGACGGUAAGGGUAGGAAAGUUUGGCUCGAUGGGGAUUAAGCCUAUGGGAUCGGGGAUGUCGAAAUUAGAGGCUCUUUUUAGCCACCCGCUCUACAACAUGCCAACCCCGCCCAUCCAUGAAGAUGAUUGGCUGCUGAAGGUGAAGCCCAAAGGGAAGGCGCGCGAGACGAGCACACAGAUGUGGGUGAGUUACAGUGACAUCGGCGAUGACUCAGCCCAUUGGAACAGGAGCAGUGACAGCCACCCCCCCUGGCUGAGGUUCCAUCUUGGUAUCUCCCGUUGGCAGCUCUACCCCCACCUGGACCCCAACAUGGCACCUCUUGCUCAGCAGCUCAGCACACACCGUAUCGUCAGCGCAGUGCAGAAGUCUGGAGGGACACAGCUCAAGCUGGUGAUGUCAUUUCCUAACUACGGACAGGCCAUCCUCAAACCAAUGAAACAAGAGCGCGAUGAGGAGACCAACUUCAACCUCUACUACUUCUCUGACUUUGAGAGACACAACGCAGAGAUCGCUGCUUUUCACCUGGACAGGGUGUUGGGUUACAGGCGGAUCCCCCCAGCCGUUGGGAGGCUGGUUGACGUGGUAACAGAGAUCAAAGACAUCACCACUGACCACAAACUGGCCCGGACCUUCUUCACCUCUCCUGUGAAUAAUGUGUGUUUCUAUGGCCAGUGUUCCUACUACUGCAGUACGGAGCACGCUGUGUGUGGCCGACCCCAGAACCUUGAGGCCUCCCUGGCCAUGAUGCUGCCGGACACCUCCUUGGCCACCAGACGUAGCUGGAGGUCUCCCUGGAAACGCUCCUACAGCCGCAGCAAACUGGCAGUGUGGGAGAAAGACCCAGACUACUGUGACACAGUGAAGAAGACCCCACCAUACAACAAGGGAACCAGACUGGUGGACCUGAUAGACAUGACUAUACUAGACUUCCUCAUGGGUAAUAUGGACCGACACCACUAUGAGACGUUUGAGAAGUUUGGCAACAACACUUUCCUUCUGCACUUAGACAAUGGGAGGGCGUUUGGGCGUCACUCUACAGAUGAACCCUCUAUCCUGACACCUCUGGAGCAGUGCUGCAGGAUCCGUCGCUCCACCCUCCUACAUCUGCGUCUCCUCUCCCUGCCCCAGUACCGUCUCAGUGAUGUCAUGAGGGACUCCCUUUCCCAUGAUCCUUUAUUCUCCGUGGCCCCCCUCCUCUCGGAGCUGCACCUCUCCGCCCUGGACCGUCGCCUAGUGACCGUGCUCCAAACCGUGAGCCGUUGCCAGGAGCGACAACGUAGUCGCCAUGGAGAAGGCGAUGAUGAUGUCAUCUAUGAUGAUGUCACUGAUUAUAAGACUUUGGUUAAACACGUGACACCUGCAGGGUAGUGUGGCCACGCCCCCUCGACAACAGCAUUUCAACCGUCUGAAGAAAUUAUGUCAUGGCGCAUCACCAUGGUGAUGAUGAUUUGUGUGUGACAUCAUUGCAUCAGCAAGUCACAAGAGUGACAUAAUUACAUUUAGAGUUCCUGGCAUCAUUCAUUUGGCUCCUAACUGUUAGAGAGGAGAGCUGUGUCUGCAGUGUCACAGUAGUUAGGUAAUAGGAUGCCUUUCCAGACACAGACUAUGUGUAGGUUUAGUGUGGUGUAUGGAUGGGAUGUUUAAAUCACUGUGUACAUUUAUUAUUCGGCCUCAUUAAAUGUUGUUCUAUUUAAUACAUGGAGCGUACUUAGUGAAAUCAAGCUCAGUUUUAGCAAAUACUUUUAUUUAAGAGGAUAGUUCAACCCUAAAUCAAAGUCAUUCUAAUUGAGUAGUGAUAUUGCAUUUUACAAAAGCGUUUUACAAAGAACAAAAAAAAAAUAGAUAUUAAAUAGCAACAUGUGAUUGAAGGGCCCGAUUCAGACUUGAGAUGAGUAGACUCAACAUUGUGAUUUAAGUCCAUGUGAAGUCAAAUUAUCUCCAGCAUGAAUAGGGCCUGAAGUGAAUAACAGUGUGGUUGUACAGUCUUGUACAUAAAUUGUUAACAGUAAUGAAGCUACAGUAAUGAUUUCCCAAUUUGUUGUGUCGUCACCCACGGCGACCCAAAAGACUAUGGGCAACAUUUUCCUCUCGCUAAACCUCACGCAAAGAGUUAAAGAAAUACUGCUUAAUGACAAGUUUGGUAUUGUCUUGUUCCCUUUCAGAUAUACAAAGCAAAGCUCAGUCUCAAGCCAUAAGACAUGUAGAAAUAGGCCAAGAUGCUAUAUUAUACUAUAUGAAACUCUAUAUUAGACCCUAUAUUAUACUUUAUUAAACCCUA